AUGGCUCCACCUGAUGUUAGAGGUCGUCUAACACUAGAUUGUCUACGUUUAUUGGGAUGGGAAGUACGUGUACUAGGCUGCUGUUUCCGUUGCAUGAUAAAGAUGUU